GUAAUGCCCACGUCCCCAACAAUACUCAUGUUCCAUUUUCUCCCUCACAUCCAACUCCGUUUAAAAAUAUCCAACAAAGUAGUUUCAUUUGGCAUCCUACAACAAACCCUCAAUCUUUGAUUCUCCGAGCUUAACAAUAUGGAAGAAGGUAACAGAGGCACCAUCAUGAUCACAAACGAUGAUGGAAUCGACGCACCUGGCCUCAGAGCUUUGGUUACCGCUCUCGUCGCCACCAAUCUUUACGAUAUUCAAGUUUGCGCUCCUGAUUCUGAGAAAUCAGCAGUUAGUCACUGUAUUACUUGGAUUCAUCCUAUAGCUGCUAAGAAAGUUCACAUUGAUGGAACCACGGCCUAUGCAGUUUCUGGGACUCCAGCUGAUUGCACUUCUCUGGGAAUUUCCAAAGCACUUUUUCCUACAGUAGCUGAUCUGGUAUUAAGUGGCAUAAACAUGGGUAACAACUGCGGUUAUCACAUUGUUUACUCGGGCACAGUUGCUGGAGCUCGAGAGGCAUUCUUCUAUGAUAUACCUUCUAUCUCCAUUUCAUAUGACUGGGCUAAAGCAACAAGUAACCUACAUGACUUCACCCUUGCCGCGCAAGCAUGCAUACCUAUCAUAAGUGCUUUAAUGGCUGAUAUAAAGAACCAAAGAUACCCUCAAAAGUGCUUUUUGAAUAUAGAUAUUCCAAGCAAUGUGGCUAAUCAUAAGGGGUACAAGUUGACUAAGCAGGGUAAAAGUAUAAUCAAAAUGGGAUGGAAGCAAAUUGCCUCUGAGACGGAAGGACGAAAAAUGUCAUCUGAUAUGACCUCUACAGACAUAGCAGCGCAUUCAGAUUUUAACGCGUCAUCUAUAUCACCUGAAAGUCUUUUAUUUGCAAGAGAAGUAAGAGGUGCUCAACAUGAUAAUGAUGAUACUGAUCACAAACGUUUGCAGGAAGGAUAUAUUACUGUCACCCCUCUUGCUGCUAUCUCUCAGGCGGAGGAAGAUUGUCAAAACUAUUUUAGGGAUUGGAUACAAAAUGUCUCAGAAUCUCCCUCUUCGUUGGCUCUAUAAUGCUGACUGCAGGUGUAUUAUGAAAUUAAUGCUCUCACUUUUUAUUUUACAGGAGUGUUAUGAAGGGGGGCUUCAUACUUUCAUUAGAUUACAGAGGUUCAAAUUAGCAAUAAAACCGGGUGGUAAAGAAGUGCCGAGAUACCUUUAACACUCUAGCUAAGAAUCAUUUUUGCUUCAUAUUUUUCAUUGUAUAUGAGAUGUUAGCUCAAUGAUAAGAAUUUGACAUUUCCAAAAGAACAAAGUUCAAAUCUCAUCUGAGACAGUUACAAAUUACUAGUUAUAAAAUAGUUCAAAUCUCAA